UUGUUUAUUUGUAUUUAUGAGUCUUAUAAAAUAAAUUCAAAUAAUGAUUAUAAUUAAAUAUUUCUUUCCCAUCUCAUACGAUUAAAGUUAAGUAUUUCGGCGUUUAUCAUAAUAAAAACCGAAAUCGUCGCAUUUUACACAGCAUUUAAGUCGCUUUCCUAAUAUAACCUGUACCCGUUCAAAAUGUCUGAUGCCUGGGAAGAGAUUCAAGCUGUAAAAAGCAAGAGGAACAGCUUACGGGAAAAGUUGGAGAAGCGUAAGAAGGAGCGGCAGAAUAUCCUGGGGUCUUCGCUUGUGAGUGGUGACAAGCCGGAAGGGUCGCCGGGGGGAAAAGAGAAGCCGAUUGCCGGCGCGGCUGUUACGACUAAAAAUGAAGACAAGCCGAAAGUUGUAGUCCCAUCAGCUUCCCUGGAGGUGCGUCUGCUGCAAGUGCUGUCAGAUAUGCAGCUGCAGCUGCCCGCAACUGCCAGUGCACUCUUGCCCGGGCUCGGAGAUGUUGAUACCGAGAUCGUUGCAAGUUUGCUGCAGAAAUUUGCCACACAGAAACUUAUUACUAUCCGAGAAAGACCCGAGGGCAGUACAGACGUGGGCAUUGAAGUGGUCAGCGCCGAGUCGGUCCGGCUCGCCGCUGUGCUUGCGGCACUGAUGGAGGAAAACUCUAAUAAGAGGAAAGGAGAAGAGACCCCUGAUGAGGGAACUAAAGUAAAGCAGGCAAAGAGUGCUACAGAAGAAAAGAAGGCUGCUAAGAAAGACACGGAUUUGAUGUCAUUACUGGCAAUGCCGUCAAGCCGAGAGAAAGCCGUGAAGCGAGUGGGGGAGGAGAUUAUGGAUCUCCUCAGCAAACCUACAGCUAAGGAGAAAUCUCUGGCCGACAAGUUCAAGAGUCAAGGAGGCGCUCAAGUAAUGGAGUUCUGCCCGCACGGCACCCGCGCCGAGUGCGCGCGCGCCACCUCCCAGCGACAAGAUGGCGCCUGCAAGAAACUGCACUUCAAGAAGAUCAUACAGGCGCACACUGACGAGUCGCUCGGGGAUUGCUCCUUCCUCAACACAUGCUUCCACAUGGACAGCUGCAAAUAUGUUCAUUACGAGGUCGACAACACGGACCCAAACGUUACCGCGGCCAAAACCACUGACACGGCACAAAAGAAUUCACAAAAUGGAGUGCUGGUGGCGCCAAAACCAGACGGAGUUUUGACGUUGACGCCCCCACAGUGGAUACAGUGCGAUUUGCGGUAUCUAGACAUGACGUUCCUAGGAAAAUUCGCAGUGAUAAUGGCAGACCCGCCAUGGGACAUCCACAUGGAGUUGCCAUACGGCACCAUGUCGGACGACGAGAUGCGAUGCCUCGGGGUGCCGCAGCUGCAGGACAAGGGGCUUAUAUUCCUCUGGGUCACUGGCAGAGCUAUGGAGCUGGGUCGAGAAUGCCUUAAACUGUGGGGCUAUGAACGCGUAGACGAACUGAUCUGGGUGAAGACCAACCAGCUGCAGAGGAUCAUACGGACCGGACGCACGGGCCACUGGCUCAACCACGGCAAGGAGCAUUGUCUAGUUGGAAUGAAAGGCGAUCCGGACAACCUGAAUCGCGGGCUGGACUGUGACGUCAUCGUCGCCGAAGUCAGAGCCACGAGCCACAAACCAGACGAGAUAUACGGCAUUAUUGAAAGGCUAAGUCCCGGUACGAGAAAAAUCGAGCUAUUCGGGCGACCACACAACGUGCAACCUAACUGGAUAACACUGGGCAACCAAGUGGACGGAGUGAGGCUGGUGGACCCCGAGCUGAUUGCGGCCUUCAAGAAACGGUACCCCGACGGAAACUGCAUGGCGCCGCCGCCUCCGGAGACCCUAGCUUAACUGACUAGUUUGUUGAAUUAUUUUCCAUCGCGUUUUUAGGGUC